AUGAUAUUUGUGACAUUUAUACAAUACAUUAGUACAUACAAAAAUAAUACGAGUUUUGAAAAUGAACUUCAAGGACAUGCUGGAAAUAAUGGAAUGAACAAAACAGACGUGAUUACUAAAACAAUGGCAAAUAAUGCGAGCAUUUUCUCUUUGCCUAGUUCUUGGCAAGAUGUGUGCUAUGUCCUUGAAGAAAAAAUAAAUGAAGAUGAUACAUUCAGAAAUCAUAUGAAAAUCAUAUGUAACGUUUCAGGAAAUACCAGUAUAAACUUUCUCGACUUUCGUAAUUUCACAUCCAACAUCCAGGAAAAUGUUUCAUUUUCUGUUACCAUAAAAUGUGUUAACGGCGGAGGUGUAUUCUUCCCGUAUCCUGGACGGGCACAUCUUCUCUAUUCUUUACAUAUAUCAGACUGCAUUUUGUCUGGUUUUCGAUCUGAAAUCAGAGAUUUUUCAAUAGACUCAAUAACAGAUGACAUAAGAUACUUUAGUCUAAAAGAUUCGGUUGUCCUUAAUUCCAUUAGUGAUCUUAACGCUUCUAUUGAUCCAAGAGAAGUUACAAAAGCUUUUGAAUGUGGAACUUUAAACGCAAUAGAAAUAACGGAAUCCAACCUCACGGAUUAUUUCGAAGAUUUGUUGUCAAUACCAUUCUCGCAGGAGACUGUCAUGGAAAAGAAUGUUGAUUAUCACAGAAAAAAUAGUGAUACGUCUUUUAGAUGUAAGUUUCCUAAUCUUCGAUAUUUGGACAAAAGUUUUUCUAUUGGAUUUGAUCGCCAACAGCUGAAUAAACAGUUUCAGAACUUUCUUUACCCUGCUGUAGAGGUCAUGAAUUUUUCCCACUGUGGCAUUACUGAGAUACCGGUUCAAAUUUAUGACUGGGGACUUUUUAGUAAAAAACUGAAAAUUGUAGAUUUUACCCAUAAUAGAAUAUCAGAUCUUGGUUCUUUUACGUGUCAUGGUAAUAAAACAGGAGACAUUUUUGAUUUGCAAUUUAACAAUAUAACAACAGUGAAGGCGCGAAGUAGGCUUACAAUUUUUCGUGCAAUCUGUAGUCAGUUAACGGUAAAUAUUCGGAAUAAUCCAUUUGUCUGUGAUUGUGAAAUUAAAGAUUUGUUCGACUUUUUCCGUAGUGGUAAUUAUGUGAAUAACUCCCGCUAUAGAUAUUUAUCAGAUUUAACAUGUUCAAACCCGCCGUCUGUUCGUGGACAGACAAUAUCACACCUUUCUUUGCCAGAAAUCGGAUGUGAUGGAACAGUUUCUAAAACAUAUCUGAAAGGUCCUAUUAUCGGCCUUUGUUGUUUGGCUUUUGUCUUUAGUAUUUGUAUUAUCAUUGGUGUUAGAUAUAAAAAGGAAAUAGUUAUACUUGCAUAUACACGCCUACAUAUAUUGCUUCCAUGUCAACAAUAUGAAACAGACGACAACAAGAAAUACGAUGCAUUUAUUGCUUAUAGUCAAGCAGACAUCCACUGGGUUAUUAAUACCCUUGCAAAACGACUUGAGAACCCCGAAACAGGGCCAAAGUUUUCUCUCUGUCUCCAUCAUCGUGAUUUUAUGGUAGGAGCUGCAAUAUCCGAUAACAUUGUUCGUAGUGUGGAAAACAGUCGACACACGAUCAUAGUUGUAUCGAAAAGAUUUCUGAAGAGUGAAUGGUGUCUUCUGGAAUUUAGAACAGCGUUGCACCAAAGUCUUCUCGAAAAGAAGCGCCAUUUGAUUAUCCUGUUAUUGGAAGAUAUACCUACAAGUGAUUUUGAACCGGAAUUAAGAAGUUGUAUGCAAACUUUAACGUACGUGAAAUCAAGCGAUUGUUGGUUUUGGGAUAAACUUAUUUACGCUUUAUCUGAUUGGUCAAGAAAGAUGAAAAAUGAAAAAGCCAAUACCAUCAAAAGAAAGAUUAUGAACGAAAAUAAUAAUGUGUUUGAAGGAAAAAUUAAUGUGUCAACCGUACAUGUUUAGUUGUUGAGAUUAAUUCUAAAGAACGCAUGCAUUGAUAUAUAGUACUGUAGAAUAUUUAGAUAUUGAAAUUUAUACAUGCAAUAAUUGUUUUGUUACCUUCACUCUUAAGUGUAUCUUUAAACUAAC